AUACCGUAUUUCACGUGCAGCACCACCGCGUCUCGCGACCUAAAAGGAGGAAAUUCUUCCCGUGACGGCAAGAUGCUGCCGCGUUCCCUCCGGCCCCUCAUGCCGCUCUCAGCACUGGCUCUGCUCGGCUGGUGCUGGUACAUCUUCAAGAGGAAGAGGAGCACCGGCGUGCAGGUAGAGGAAAGCGGCUUGGUGUUCCCGUCUGCUGCUAUGGGCAAGCAGGGGGCAGUGGGAUGUGGCAGUUCCCCGAGAGCACAGGACAGGAACGCGGGCCAAUUACAGAAAGGACCCAUGGAUUCUUGGAGUUGCAGUUCUAAUAGUGACCGGAGUGUGGACCCGGAGGCUUCAGACAACUCUUCUCUUAACCGUACCAUUGAUGAGUCUGUCCUGUCUGCACCAUUGCUAUCUGACACUCCAACCUCCUCCCUGACGCCGCGACCUCUGAAAGGGGUUCGGCCAGAACCGGAGGGUGGGGCUUCCGAAGCCCGAGCAUCCGCGCUUCUGACCGAGAAGCCAGAAGCCGAGACUGAAAGAGACGGCGUCAUUUCUAAAGGCCUCCUGGGCCUCCUGGACUCCACUGUAGCGCAGACCACGAGGACUGCCAGCCCCACAAAACGCAGGGCUGAGGUGCUGGUUCCCCAGGAGCUGGAGCACCUCCCUUUCGCUCUAGACAAAGAAGUCCAAGGUGAUGUUACGGAGGAGAUCCUGAUGACCGGUGAUAUUGUUUUAAAAAGGAAACACCAAGAGGAGCCAUCGGGAUUCCCCCUGAGUGAAGUUGAGACCGUUACCCAAGACCACCUUCAGUGGGACACUGGCAAAAACGGAAUCUUGCUGGUCUCCAGGAAGGAACUCCGUCCUCUGGAAGCACAACAGGCAGAUCAUGCUGCGCCUAGAGGAGCAGAGGAGGAAGAACCAAUCCAGUGUAACCAAUCCACCAGUCCUUCAGCAGCCAAAUCCGAAGUCUCUGGAGGCGGUGUGUACCAUGUGGAGAACGGAGCAGGGCCGGAGGAGCCAGCCAGCCAAGGAGAGACGCACUCGGACCUGCCUGAGGAGGACGCGCUCGCCACAUGCUCAGUAGAUUCUGAACAUAAAAUGCAGGAAAUUCACCACACUGUGGCUGGAAGGAGUGGACAACCCUCGACACAAAGCGCAGGUGCUAAUGGCGGGAACUGUGUGAACAGAGAGGGCGGCGGCAGCAGCAGCAGAGACCGAGCUGUGCCAUCUCCGAGCUCGGGCCUGGUCCUCUGGGAGAUGGAGGUGCCCGUGCACCUUGUUGGGCGAUUAAUUGGAAAGCAGGGGAAGCAUGUUGGCUUCCUGAAGCGAAACUCAGGAGCGAAAAUCUAUUUGUCUACUCUGCCUUACACGCAUGAGUUUCAGAUCUGUCAUAUAGAGGGCUCAGAGGUGCAGGUAGAAAAUGCGCUUGCGCUAAUCAAGAAGAAGUUCAAAGAUUUGGAUUUGAGCAACCGGCUCGUCGGCACGCAGCUGGCCGCCAUCCCCUCUCUCCCCAUCACAUCCUGGCUGCUCCUCCCCCAGGAAGGAACAGUGGAAGUGAUCGUGCCGCGGGUGGAGGCAGCAAACUACCUGUUCGUGCAGCAGCACACACACCCCUCCUACUACGCCCUGCAGGGUCUCGCAGAACAGAUGCUCUUCUGCUACUCUCGGCCAGGCUGCCCCAGUCUCCCCGCGCCUGUGGAAGCGGGGGUGUUGUGUGCGGCGCCCUCUGUUGACGGCAGCUGGUGGAGAGCUCAAGUUAUCCAGCACUACAAAAACUCCAACUACGUGCAGAUCAGAUAUGUGGACUACGGUGGUUAUGUGACGGUUAACCUCAGCGCCCUCAGACAGAUACGAUCAGAUUUUGUGUCGCUGCCCUUCCAAGCAUCUGAAGUCAUGCUAGAAAAUGUCAGACCUUUGCCAGGGAGAGAGGAGUUUUCCCUCGAGGCCAGAGAAGCACUUGAGGAAUUAACACGAGGAGUGGCUUUAAUCAUAAAGGUCACCGGCACUCAGAGUGGCCUGCCUUUAGUGCAUAUGUGGCGACAGGCCGGAGAGGAGACGAUUUCGGUGAAUUGGCUGCUGGCUCAGCGUGGGCUGUGUUCGUGGUUGGGCAGCCACUGAUGGAGAAGCUCACGCGCGGCCGCCCCACCCUCCACCAGCCGUGUCGGCACUAGCCAGUUGAACUCCACCCAAAUAGAGGCAUGCUUUGCACGCGCAGGGAAGUGCUCUCUGCAAUACCCAUGAUUUAUUUAUUUGUGCCAUUUAAGAUUUUUCAUGUAUGAGCUGUUUACAUGCUGCAAACUUUUGUUUUUGAAAGUUGUGCUGAAUUACGUUUAAAAAGAAAUGUUUAACUCUUGUAGUACUUUUCUGUUAAUCUGUGCUUCGGCCUUUUAAAGUUUAAUAUAAUUUCUCUGUCUAACCAAAGAGUGAAAGUAUUUCCUGAUGGAGCACUCUUGAAAUGCUGCACCUUUGAGUGUUAUGUAUCUGUUCAACAUUAUACUUUUAUUUCUUAUGCUGAGACUUGGUCUGGCAGGUUUCAGCUCUAAUUGUGUGUCCCAGUCUAUAAAGCAGCU